CAAGAUUUGAAUUCUGCAUCCUUUCGGUUGUCGUCCAGGAGUCGUGGAGCAUGCCUGGCACCACCCUUUGUUGCAGAUGAAAAAAGGUGAGCCUUGGAGACCUAUCGAUGCCCCGGACUUUGAUCCGCCCCUGCUACAUCCACAUGAAGUGCAAAAAAAUGAAACUGGUGAAGCUCUUCCUUCUGCUGAACUUUAUGAGGUGUAUCAAGGACCAGUGGUCAAGCCACUGAAGAUGAUCCGCAUCCGGCAGUGUCGCAAGAAAGAGCCUCACAUAGCUUUUGUGGAGGCAGACUCUCCUGAGCUGAAGCUCGAAUCAGAGGCGCAGGCAGUGUGGAGCCAGGCGAGAUUGUCAGCCCUUGCAGCAAAGGAGUCGGAAGCCACAAAGACCAAGCCACGCUUCGAAGUCGGAAUGGAGGAUGAGAAGAAGGAAGCCUCAGAGCGUCUAUCCUCUACAAUGAAGCAGGUGCCCUCGGCCUUCACAGAGGAUGGCAUGGGCCGACAACCCACAGGCAAAAGUGUUCGAAGUAGACAGCGAAGCAGCAUGCUGUCGGAGACCUUGGCAGAGAUUGUCAAAGAACGGAAGGAAGAAGAGAUGAGGGAAGCUUUGAAGGCCAAGAUCUAUGAGCAGGGUCAGCUUGCAAAGAACGUGGGCAACAAGGCUGCAGAGGUAGUGAAGAGCAUGGAUGUGGAUCUAUCAAGGCUUGACAAGCAGAGGCAAGCAAUGCAUGGAUGGAUUUCCUCCUCAUUCUUCGACUCAUUCAUCGGAUUUAUUAUCCUGAUCAAUGCCGUCAUCAUCGGCUUUGAAGCAGAGGUGAGCACGCAAAUCCCUUUUGGUUGUGACGAGAGCUGCCAGUGCGGAGACGCAGGUCGUCAGUCGGAGUGCUUUGCCAUGCCCGAAUGGCUGCAGGCAGUGGACUACGUCUUCGCAGGCAUCUACAUCGCAGAGUUUGGACUGCGCCUCUAUACGUAUGGAAUUGCAGUGCUCAGGAGCAAUUGGGUCAAAUUCGAUCUCUUCUUAAUUCUCUCGAGCAUGCUGGACAUUGCCCUGAAGCAAGUGGCGACUGUCAGUGAGGUAUUGACACAAAUCUUGCUGGUCCGUAUACUGCGGCUUGCGCGGCUGGCGCGUGCCGUGCGUCUCAUGGUGCAGUUCCGGGUUCUUUGGCAGCUGGUGCAAGGGUUGCUUCACAGCGUGAGCACCUUGUUGUGGACUUUUCUUAUGGUGAUGAUCUUGGUCUAUGGGUUUGCCAUCGUUGGCAUUGAGACCAUCCAUGUGGAUUUGACACUGCCUUUGGAACAUCCAUACAACGUGGCAGUGAUGCAAAACUUCGACCGUUUCAGCGAUGCCAUGCUGACCCUCUUCCAGUGCUUCACCCUGGACUCAGCAGGUGAGGUCUAUCGACCCCUGAUCACUCACAACCCAGUGCUGAUUGCGUACUUCAUGACUGUCAUCCUUGUAAUGGCGGUGUCACUGAUGAACCUGGUGACUGCCAUUAUGGUGAAUUCUGCCUUGGACCAGGCAAGCGAAGACAAGGAUGUGAAGCGAGCUUAUGAGGCAGUGCAGAAACGGAAGCAGCUUGAGCAGUUGAAGGUCAUGUUUCUGGAGCUGGACACUGAUGGCUCAGGUGAGCUGACGUUGGAGGAGCUGAAAACUGCUCCGGAGGAAGUCCGCGAGCAGUUGGAAGCAGUGGCAGGCACAGAGGACAUUGAAGGACUUUUUCAGAUGCUGGACUACGAUGGUGGAGGCUCCUUGGACACUUCCGAGUUCUGUGAAGGUGUCCUCAAAGCCUCUACCAGCGAGAAGCCUUUGGAGCUAACGCGCUUGGUCAAGCAGUGCUCCGACAUUCUGCGACUCUGCCGGAACAUGUAUGUGAACCAGAAGCAGAAGACAGCAGGAGAUAUGGAGAAAGAGUUGAAGCAGCUCCAAAAGAACGUGGACAUCAUGCAGAUGCUUGGACAAUGCUUGGACAAAUACUCUUGCAGAGUGCGUUGCCAAUGCCACCACUCAAAAGGAGCGCGCGAAGCUAGGUGUUCAGAGUUCAGACCCUUGUCCCUGAGACACACAAAGUCACGCAAAGAUGCGGUACGAGCAGGCCAUGAAUGCAAGGCAGCCAGCCAAUCUGAGGCAGAGAAUGAAUGAGCAAAUCGAGAAGCUGCAGAGUGAUGUGGGCCGAAUCAUGAACUCUCUUGAAGUGCCUGGCCGCUAGAGGUAACGAACUCCUGCGACACAUGACUUGGGAGUCAUAGAGAGGGAUAGACGGCAGAAUCCUUUGCGUGCGCUCAAGCUUUCGAUGGAGUUGC